AAAGAUAGCUACCAACAUCCAACACCAUGGCAGAGAAGGCUCAGAACCCCAUGAAGGAGCUUCGUAUCUCCAAGCUCGUCUUAAACAUUUCUUUGGGAGAAUCUGGUGAUCGUCUUACCCGUGCUGCCAAAGUCUUGGAGCAACUUUCUGGUCAAACUCCCGUUUUCUCCAAGGCUCGUUACACCAUCCGUCGUUUCGGUAUCCGCCGUAACGAAAAGAUUUCCUGUCAUGUUACCGUCCGUGGCCCCAAGGCUGAGGAAAUUUUGGAGCGUGGUCUCAAGGUCAAGGAGUAUGAAUUGAAGAGACGCAACUUUUCUGCCACCGGUAACUUCGGCUUCGGUAUCCAAGAACACAUUGAUUUGGGUAUUAAGUACGAUCCUUCCAUUGGUAUCUAUGGUAUGGACUUUUAUGUCGUUAUGGACCGUCCCGGUAUGCGUGUCACUCGCCGUAAGGCUCAACGUAGCCGUAUUGGUUUCCCUCACAAGAUCACUCCUGGGGACACUAUCAAUUGGUUCAAGCAAAAGUAUGAUGCUGUUGUUUUGGAGAAGUAAAUAGAAAGAUAGCCAUCCAAUCCUUUGUCAUACUGAAAAUUUAAUUUUGUUGGUUGAACUAGUUUUUGCUAGCAUAUUUUGUACUUUGUUGUAAUCUUAAGUAGCCGUAAGCAGAAUAGGGAAAAAACGAUUAGAAAUGAUUGUUAAACGGACAUAUGUUUGCUAUGCUGUUACGAUAUUUCUAUUUCUUUAGUU